CGAUGUAUGUUCAGUGUGGAGAAUUCUGAGCGAAUUAGAUGAAGUAAAAGUCAUUAUCAUCUUUAGUUUUGCAAAUUUGUUGAUAUUUUCUAGAAAAGUAAUUUUGCAAUUCAAAAAUUUGCACCUUCAACAAACAGACAUGGGCGAUGUUCAAGUUCUAAUGGAAAUGGGGUUUCCCAAAGACAGAGCUGUUUAUGCUUUGAAAGUGACCAACCAGAAAGGAGUGGAACCAGCGAUGGAGUGGCUGUUAGCUCAUGUUGAUGAAAGCAUCCCACAAAACGUUGCUGCUGCUGAUAUUGAAGAGAAUGAACCUGGUCCCAGCACUUCUACAAACUCACAAAAAGUCGAUGUCGCGAAAUCUCUCAAGUGUGAUGACUGCGGAAAAUUAUGCAAGGAUCAGGGGGAGGUGGAAUUUCAUGCAGCCAAAACAGGCCACAGUAAUUUUUCAGAAUCCACGGAGGAGAAAAAGCCUCUGACGGAAGAAGAAAAGAAACAGCAAUUGGCAUUGAUUGAGGAGAAGCUCAAGCAAAAGCGAUUAGAAAGGGAAGAGCGUGAGAAACAAGACGCAUUGGAGCGCGAACGCAAUCGAAUUAAAUCUGGCAAGGAUAUGUCGGAGGCACGUAGACGCAACGAGGAGUUGGAAAUGAAGAAAAUAAUUGAACAACGCAAACGUGAAAAGGCAGACGAAAAGGCUGCCCGUGAACGAGUAAAAGCUCAAAUUGAAGCCGACAAGGCCAGACGCAAAGCCGGCCAAACACUAUCCUCACCCGAAACUCCAGUGGCAUCGUCUUCAGUUUCUUCCACUACUACACCCACUGAGGCUACAGCAAUCAAGUCCCCACCGAAAGAUUAUAAGGAGACACGCAUACAAAUUCGCUUGCAGGACGGUUCAACCCUUACCGAAACAUUUAAUGUUCAAGAACAGCUAUCCGCUGUACGGGUAUUCAUUCAAAUGAAAACAGGCAGUGAAACGCCUUUCGGUCUUAUGACUUCGUUUCCUCGCAAAGUAUUCAGUUGUGAUGAUUUUGAAAAACCUUUGAGUGCUCUAGGUCUAGUUCCCUCGGCUGUUCUCAUUAUGACCAAAGUAAAUGUGUGAACACAAAAUGGAAUAAUUAUAACGAACUAAUAAUUUAUUAGGUCCUCUUUUUUAUAUUGCUCGGCAAGUACAUGUACAUUUUAUUUACUUUUACACAUCAGAAAGAAAACUGUAAGCAAGGAAUGCAGAAUUGGCUUUUGUUUUCGAAUAAAAUACAGUGAUUAAAUUAAAGAAAAACAA